UCCAUUAAACCCUAACAGAGGACGAAGAAGGCGCCGCUUAGAGCAGAGAAGGAAGAGAUCGAGAGUGCGGCGAAGAUGGUUUGGUUUCAGUGCGAGGACUGCGGGGAAAAUCUGAAGAAGCCUAAGCUGCCCAAUCACUUCCGAGUCUGCUCCGCCUACAAGCUGUCGUGCAUUGAUUGCGGAAAGACGUUCGACCAAAACAGCGUGCAGAGCCAUACGCAGUGCAUAUCGGAAGCAGAGAAAUACGGUCCUAAAGACCAGGGAAAAGCUUCACAAAAUACACCAGCUAAGCCUGAGAAGCCCAAGCGAAAUGCAGAGGUCGAUGUUAAUGUUGGUUUGUCAAUCCGUCCUCCUUGGUUCUGUAGCCUUUGCAAUACAACUACUACCAGCAAGCAGACUUUACUGCUCCAUGCUGAUGGCAAGAAGCACAGGGCAAAAGCAAAAGCUUACCAUGCUUCUCGUAAUCAAUCUUCUCAGACUGUAGUAUCAGCUUCAAACAAGGAGGUGUCUGGCGACAAACCAUUUGCCAGUUCUGAUGGAUCAAAUAAUAUGAAAAAUGAAGAUAAACCGGAGGAUGAAUCAGUCAGUUGCAAAUUGGUUGCAGAAGUGAAAAACGGAAGUUUGGAGCAAAGAAAGAUAAAAGAUGAUGCAAGUGAAUUUACUAAUGGUGAAGUAAUACAAGCAGGAGAAACAGAAAAAGCAGAUAAACAACCAAAGAAAAGGAAGCAUCCUGGAGAUCAAGAUAAGCAAUCUAAGAGUAAACAAGAUUCCACUCAUAAAAUCAAGUGGAAGAAAUUUGUAACUUCUACCCUUAAGUCGAUUCCAGAUCAAACGAUGAAGAUUAAAAAAUUGCAAAGGAUUGUGAUUAAGAUGGCCCAAGAAUCUGGUGCCUCUGAAGAAGAGGAACAACUUCAGGCGAAGUUAAUGGACAAGAUAAAUUCAAGCUCUCGCUUUGUGGUUGACAACAAGAAAAUCAAGUUGGUUAUCAAGGCUGAGGAGUCAUGAUUUUCCAGUGUGGAAGUGAAAAACUUCCAGUGAGAGUAGCAAUUAGUCAAAACCCAAUUCAUGCAUGUUCUGUUUCAAGAAGGGCUAAAGCAUCUCCUUGUUGAUCGAUCUAGCAUGGCUUGUUUUUUAGUCAUCUGUUGCUGGUUAUCAAUUUGUUAUAAACAUCAUGAUUCACCAUGGAUAAUUGUGUCACUAAAAUCAAAUCCAAUUUGUUAUUAUUUCUCUAUGAA